AUGGAAUUGAAGUUGUUGAUGUUGUUCCAGCUUUGUUUGGUUUGCCUACUGAUUCCGCUUGGUUCUUCCAAUGCAGUCUUUAACAGCUCAGAGAAUGCGCCUUCAGAGAACCUAACUGAUGCAACCUGCUAUUCUGUCUGGCCUGGCGAGAAGAAGUGCUUACAGUACAUGUCAAACCCGCAGUCCUGGGAUCAGGCUGAAGCCAGCUGCAUGAGCUAUAAUGGACAUCUUGCUUCAGUGAGUUCGUUGGAGGAACUAAGCUUUUUGCAGAAGUUGUGUGGUCAGAAUAAUAAUAGUUGCUGGGUUGGUGGAAGAGGCACUAAUGUUUCAGUUGCAGUUAAUUGGAAAUGGUCGGACAAUACAUCUUUGUGGAACGAAACUGUUGGUCCCAGAUUUCUUUCCAAUAAAAGUUGUACCACUAGUGGUGCACCAUGCUUUGGAAACAACACGGUUGAUUUGUGUACAUUGAUAACCAAUGAAACACAGCAGCUUAUAGCUCAAAGUUGCAAUAUUUCUCAUCCCUUUAUAUGCCUGCUGAACCCAGAAGAAAACUGUCACCACAUGCGCUGCCACAGGGAAUACCUCAUUAUACUUGCAGUAGUGAGUGGGUUGAUUCUCUUCACUACUUUUGCCGUUGUUGGUUGGCUUCUUGUAUAUCGACGGAGUAAGAAACGCAGAAAAUCACGCCGACCGUCAAACCCAGCUGAACUGGCACUGGUUCCUCCAUCAUGGAAAGUUUUUACUCGUGAUGAAUUAAAGUCAGUCACAAAGAAUUUUAGUGAAGGGAACCGGCUUGUUGGUGAUGCAAAAACUGGGGGCACCUAUAGUGGGCUUCUACCAGAUGGAUCAAGGGUUGCUGUAAAACGGUUGAAAAGGUCCAGCUUCCAGAGGAAGAAGGAGUUCUACUCUGAGAUUGGGAGGGUUGCCAGACUUCAUCAUCCAAAUUUGGUGGCUGUGAAAGGAUGUUGCUAUGAUAAUGGCGAUCGCUUCAUUGUAUAUGAGUUUAUUGCAAAUGGACCUUUAGAUAGAUGGCUACAUCAUGUUCCUAGAGGAGGAAGGAGCUUGGACUGGGCCAUGAGAAUGAAAAUCGCCACAACUCUUGCUCAAGGCAUUGCGUUCCUGCACGACAAGGUGAAGCCCCAGGUAGUGCAUCGUGAUAUCCGUGCGAGUAAUGUUCUCCUUGAUGAAGAAUUUGGUGCUCAUCUAAUGGGUGUUGGCCUAUCAAAAUUUGUACCGUGGGAAGUGAUGCAUGAGCGGAGGGUUAUGGCUGGUGGAACACAUGGAUAUCUUGCUCCUGAGUUUGUAUAUAGAAAUGAGCUGACAACAAAAAGUGAUGUUUACAGCUUUGGGGUUCUUCUGCUUGAAAUCGUAAGUGGACGGAGGCCAGCGCAAGCAGUUGAUUCUGUAGGUUGGCAAAGUAUAUUUGAAUGGGCAACGCCCCUGGUGCAGUCUCAUCGCUACAUUGAGCUAUUGGAUCCUCUUAUAACAUCUUCUUCCAUUCAGAUACCUGAAGCUGGAGUUAUUCAGAAGGUAGUAGAUCUUGUAUAUUAUUGCACACAACAUGUACCUUCAAUGCGCCCCAGAAUGUCGCAUGUCGUCCACCAGCUGCAACAGUUGACCCAACCAUCUUCUUUGAAAUGA